AUGCGAAAUUUCUUCGUUGAGUACAUCAAACAGGAUUCCAUCGGCACCAUUUCAAAUGCAUUUCUUGCUAAUUCAGAUCUCUUCGGAAUUAAAAGUGAAGUAUGCAGCAUUAUUGCCCACAAGCACUCAAAAUCAGUUGAUUUUCCUAAAACAGGACAUCCUCCUGAACCUCUUACCAGGUCAUGGCAGACUUCAAAAAGAGGUGUUUCUAUACCUCCUGAAAAACCUGAACGAUGGCCUGAUUUUAUGGCAAAGAAUCAUGAACCGUUUUAUGUGUCUAGAAGAUUGGUCGGACAACUUUUCAGACGAAUCAAGCUUGUUGAUGAUGCUUUAACCUUAACCAUGGCUUCUGAGAAACUAACCGACGUCUCUCUCGAUGAGACACUGAUUUGGCCUGGUUAUGAGAAGCGUGUGAAUGUUGCGCGAGAAGAUUAUUUGGCCUAUAGUACAUAUAUUAUGUCUCUGUUGGACAACUAUGGUAUUGAAGAUGAGGGUCAGCUGUUUUCUGGAUGCAUAACUGUGAUACGAAAUAGGCUUAGCGAAAAGGAUAAUGACGACAUGUCAUUGUACAACACCAACCACAUGAUUGAGAAAAAAGUGACUGAUAUUUUCAGAAUUUUUCGAAACCGAUUUUUUGAAGAAUUUGGAGGUCUCGAACAGUGCACUGUAACAGCAAGAAAUAACGACUUUUCUUCUUCAGAGCAAGACCUUUGUCGCAUUUGUGAGGACUCCAACGAUGAAAUGAAAGAGAAGGCGUCAGCUUAUUAUGUUAUUUGCUACAGGUUACAGGGUUUUUUACCUUAUCCUGCUGGCAGAUUGAGUGGCCACCUUAAAUUACUGUCUUUGGAGCUAGUGAAUUCAGAAAUUUUUGCAGCUUCGAGCUGUUGGGGCUUUGACAAGCUAGCCUCUGUCCUAAUAUCAAAGCUCAAUUUUUUGUGCAAAGAGCAAUUUUCUAUAGAAAAUAUGUUUUUGAAGGAAUGGCGCAUAUGGUUACUGAGGAAGUCUCCGUGGAAUUGGGGCUAUGAGUUUGUAAGACCUUGCUAUGGGGAAAAAAUAGACAUGAGCACCGGCAACCGGGCUGACAGGGACGAUGCAGCGUCGCACUCAUCUGGAAAGCGAACAUUGUCGUUUCCUUGGUUAGUUUGGGAUAUCCUUGCUCACAUCAAGACGAAGAACCAGAACCCGUCUUUAGUGACUAUAGACCCGCUUUCUGCUUCAGUCACUAGUUUUAUGAAUUGUUACUGUAAUCAACGUGAAACUUCUUUGAGAAAAUUGAUAAGCUUCUUGACGACUAAUGGUUCUGGUUCAAAUGCUGUACGUCGAUAUUGCAACAAAUACAAGGGUUUGGAAAGAAUAAUAUUUGUCGUUUUUGAAUGGGCCAAACAUCAUAAUUUGUUUGAUGAGGACCUUGACUCUACGAAAUUAAGUCUCCUGCUUAUACAGUUUCUUAUUGGUCAUUAUAUCACUGAAAGUUAUGAGAUUGCUGAUUUGCAGCAGAUUGAUGCAGAUGACUGCACUAAUGUUGUUCAACUUGAAGAUAUGAUGGGAGGUAUUGGGAAAUUAUUCAUACGUUUCUUACAAUUUCUUAGCUCUAGAAGCUUCGAAAAUUUAGAGUGCAUUGACUUUAGCAGUCCGAAUUUCGACCAUCGAUCGAGGCUAAUGCGUGGUCAGUGGCUGCAAUUGCAUAAGGUGGCAUCUGAAUCAUUCUAUCAGUUAAUGUUGAAAGGUUCUCUCGACGAGUUGCUUUUGGAUGAUCAUGAAGAGUUUAAAGAUGGCGACGUUUUCGAAAUGACUCCAUUUGUAAUUGAGAUUCCUAGCGAAGCAAAGUUUUCCAGUUAUAACUUAAAAGAGAAAAUGAUGAAAUACUCUGGCGUGGUUGAUUUGGAACUAAGACCUGUUCCUAAUCGUGAAGAACGAUUAAUUGUUUCUGCUAAAGGGACUUUGAAGGCUCUGCGCUCUCUUAGGAAGCUAGUAACUGUGGAACCGGUUACAAAUUCAAACGUGAGUGACAAAGAAAAAAGCGAAAUGAUCGUACGUCUUGUUUAUGAAAGGAUUUUACAAUUGUGCAGUUGA